AUGUCGACUACAAACACAAGCCUUGAUGCUGCCGCUGUCGAGCGCAAAGCCCGCCUGGCCAGACUUGCCUCGCUCAAGCGCAAACAACCAGAAUCUGAAGCCCCCAAAGACGCAGAACGGCAAGAAGACAGCACUACGUCUGUAGCAAACAAAUACCUCUCGGGGCGGAAUUACGAUCUAGCGACGAAGAACGCGAAGCUCGGAUUUGAGAAUGUUCCUAUCUCCAACGUCGAAACACUAGAAGAACAGGCAGAGCAUAUAGCCAGUUCUAUUGCGGAACAAGCCACAAAAGAGGAGAUAGAGGCAGAAAAGGGUAUAGAUCUUUUCAAGCUACAACCGAAAAAGCCUAAUUGGGACUUGAAAAGAGAUUUGGCAGAAAAGAUGAAAAUACUUGACGUUCGAACGCAGAAUGCAAUAGCCAGACUAGUGAGGGAGCGCAUAGAAGAUGCAAAGAAAGAAGCCACGAGUAGAGGGCAAGGUGUGCGUUCCGGCGAGAAUAGCGAAGCAGGCGAAGAAGUUGGCAUAGAAGGCAAUACACUUGUUGAGGGCAUCCAUUUGCGAGAACAGGAGGAGGAGCGAGAUGCCGCUCUCGGGGAUGAAGAGGAUAUCUCGUGA